AUGAGGAAGAAGAUCGAAAUCGACAUUAUACUCCGAGACGGAGAAAAUGCGACUUAUUCGACCCACGAGGUGAUCCGAGGCCGGGUGGUCCUCAACUCCGCUGAAGAUGCUGUACUCGACGACCUCCGCAUCACACUCAAAGGCAAAGCAAGCAUACGUCUGAAGAGACCUCUGGAUCUUGCUAUGGUAGCGGGAUACCUGGUUGGAGAGCACACCUUCCUCCGAAUGUCCGCACCUGUGUCGUCGCCCGUGCUGCUACAGGGUCGCUCAGCUCGAGGUGUCAUUUCUUACAGCAUACCUUUCAACUUCACUGUUCCCCAAAACCUUCUUCAGUACGCUUGCAUGCACAACACUAAGGACGAUCAAAGUGUGAAAACCGCACAUUUACUCCUACCACCUUCACUCGGCAAGUUCAAGAGAGCCGGCAUUCUCGUGCAUGAUCUAGGCCCCGAAACCACGACUGUGACUUAUGCUGUGUACGCUUCCGUCAGAAGGUUCACCCCGGAUCUUACCCCUGUACUGAUCGAGAAAGCCGUGCGUGUACGCAUCUGCCCGAGGAGGGAGGAGGUACCACCAAUCCUUGUCAGACGAGACGACCCUUACUACAAACUACGCGAGGAAAAAGCCGUAUAUAAAGGCUGUCUAAAGCUCGGCAAGGUUGCCGGACGGCUUGUCGCACAGACUAGUCAGCCAUCCUCCUUGAAGCUGCCAUGUCCGCAUACAGAUACCGGGAGUUUACCAAUUGUCAUGUCAACUGUGAACUUACGGUUUUAUCCUGCGGCGGACGGCGAACGACCGCCAAAGCUCAAGCUGAUCACGUAUAAGCUCCAUUCCUCCACGUUCUCGGGCGCAGCCCCUUACGAAAGCCUGCCAACUCAGAGCGAGUGUCAUGUCGACAUCUCUCUGCUGUCGUUUGGCUAG